CUUCGCAGGAGGAUGCAGCUGUAGCGAUCCGAAGUGAUCAAGUGUUCCGUUUGUUUGUGUUUAAGAGGAAAACGGCGUCUCCAGCGCGACGAUGGAGCCGCUUCCACUGUGUUCAGAUAAUCCCAAUUACUUCAACGACGACUGUGCCGCGUCCGGCGGCGUCGUCAGCGGCGCUGCCAGCUCGGCCGGACCCGAGAAGAAGCAUCGGUUCUAUCACUUGAAGCGCCUGGUGACCUACUCGAAGCUGAAACGGUCGGCCACCACGAUUGAUGGCCACUCGGGGACCGGUGGCGGAUCGGAGUACGGAUCGCCCUCCCGUACCUCGUCCCUGUUCCGGUACCGCAGCAACAGUGCCGGGUGCUCGGGAGGACCGAUGACGACGACGAAUGGCGACGGAGGUGGAGGGGAGAGCCCGUCCGCCGGCGGAGAUAGUCCACCCGCAGCAUUCUGCUUCAAUCAAGCACCACUCUCGCUGUUCGUCCCUGGGGGCCGGCCGGGACUGGCGAUGACUGCGGAACGGCGCAGGCAUUCCUUCGGCACGCCGAUGCACCGCCAGCUGGGACCAGCGGAAAACAAUGGCCGCGGUGUGAUGAUGUUGAAAAAUGAAACCUCCAUCGAUGAGGUCCCCAACUCGCCCGCCCCGAGAGCCCCCGUGGCGGGCAGCAGCGCCAACGGCAACGCUGCCGAUCCCGGAUCGACGCUGGCCGCCAUGGAUGUGCUGUUCGUGACGGCGCGCCACAGCGAGCACGGAAUGCUGUGGGUCAACCAUCUGAAGGUGUGCUUCGACAAGAUCACCAAACAGCGCGGCCGCCUUCCGUUCAAAUUUCUGCACAUCAAGCUGGACGAGGACGCGACCCAGCAACCGGCCCACGUCGUGCAGCAGUGCGAAUCGACGAAGCUGCAGAUCGUGAUCGUGUGCCCGGCCUUCAUGGGUCUCUCGACGCCACUGCUGCACGCGAAGCUGAGUGCGAUCCUCAAUCCGUGCCGUGUCCUCGGGAUGCUGCUCGAUGUGGCCGAGCACGAGGCGAUCGAGUUCGCCAAGGCGGCACUCCCGGGUUACGGCAAGUGGCGCACGUGCUCGGUGCGCGACAAGGACACGGCGUGCGUCAGCGAGCUGCUCGGGAUGGCCACGGACAUCCUGGGGAAAGCGUUGCGCCAGCAGACGGUCCUGCACCGGACGCCGUCCACCGACCAGCCCCGGACACCGACUUCACCCACCAGGCCCAGCGGGACGGCGGCGACGGGGACGACGACAGCGGGCCACCGUUCCCACGAGUCGUUCGUGCUGUUCCCACGCAAGGUGAAGGUGGGCCAGAGCAAAAUACUCGCGAUCCUGCACGAACCGCUCAGCAAGGAGGACUGGAUAAAGAUCAAGGUGGAGAAGGCGGACCGAACGAUCGAGAUAACGAACAUCAAGCGCCGCAAUCCCUACACCAUCCAGUUCAACGUGCCAGAAAUCUGUAUGGAGAUAUCGAUGAUGAUCAAGAUCCGGCUGGAGAAGAACAACGUCGAGAUCGGGUGCCGGCCGCUCAAGUGCGAGAGCCAGAUGCGCGAGCUCGAGCAGAUCCUGUCGUCGAAGGACGCACCGAUGGAGCUGAUCUGCCAGUCGCUCGGCCUCUCGACCAACGACCGCGAGAAGCUGGACACGCUGCUCCUGAAGGCGUUCCUGAGAAACGUGCCGCCGAACUACAAUCUGCUCAACUUCGGGUCGGGUGCUGGCGAUGCAGGGCUCGGUUCUCACCGUGACAUCUACCCCGAAGAGUACCCGACGUUGCUCCAUUUCGCCGCCAAGUGGGGCCUGGAGCGGCUCUGUAUGCAGCUGAUCGAGUCACCGGGCGGAGAGAUCGCGUGCGAGAUGCGCAACAUCAGUGGCCGAACGCCGUCGGAUGUGGCGGAAGCGGCCGGUCACUUCAAGAUCGCCAGUUCGCUCAAGAACUUCUCGCAAAUGAAUGAGUUCACCACGAUGUACCACUACUUCAAGGGUGUCAGUGGUGCGUGCCCGGAUCAGGUCAUGAUUCAACCGAAGCAACUCCACCACCAGAGACCACCGACGGUGACGGCGACGACAAACGGAAGCACCGUUCCGCCGGCGGCGGCAGGUGCGGUCAUCCGUGCGGAAAACAAAACCGACGCGGAGAAGAUUCUGUCGCACGUGCACGCGCUCAAGCACGCGGAGGGUUACAUCGACAUGACCGCCUGCGCCAACGGCGAUCAGGUGGACGGCGCUGGAAUUGCCGUCGCCAACAUGAACUAUCUGACCGAGGUGGCACUACUGGCACCGUCGGUAGCGCCCCCGCCGGAAGAGAAGGACGUGUGUGGCGAGAAUGAGCACAACUUUGAUUUCGACGACGGGAAGCGGGAUAUUGGCGGCGGCGGAGGGUGCAACGGAUCGCUCCGGUCGGCUGGGUCGGCGUCGGAGCGCAGCAAGUACGAUAUCUUUAGCAACGAGUGCUCGAAUCUGCUCGAGAGCUGCGAUGGCGGCAGCUCGAGCACGGAGCACGAGUACCUGUACCAGCCGUCGAACGCUCCGUUCACCCCGACGAAACCGUCACCAACGCCUCCGGAGCCGCCGAUCGGGGACUACAUGAUUCAACCCUCGAACAUACCGGUGCACGCGUACUGCAACGUGGAGGUUGGCGUACCGGGUGACGGGGAGGCCGCAACGAGUGGCGAAGAGCAACCGUCACACGUGCGGCUGAGCUUCCGCAAGGAGGAACCACCGUCGGAGGACACGUACGGGACGACGACGGCCGGGUGCCCGCGACGCAAGGACAGUGGCCCCGGCGGCGAACGGACCGUCGACGACGAGCUGCUGGAGAUCAUCUCCGACUUCAAGAACAACGUGUUCUCGAUCCAGGAGGUGGAGCAGCUGGUCACGCUGUGGAAGAACCGGAAUGACGUGCAGCAGAGCUUCCGGGAGAAGCAGGACCAACUGCAGCGGAUGCGGGAACACUACGAGCAGAUCCAGCGGGAGCUGAAGGACAAGCUGAAACGGCCGACCCCGUUCGAGCGCAUGAAGAGUUUCUUCUCUCGCUCCAAGCCGCCCUCGGUUUCGUCGUCGGCGGCGAAAUCAACGAAAUCGCGUGCUCCCGAUAGUGGUGGCCCAUCCGCUGGUGUGGUCCCGGGAACGGGGGAGGUCCUGUGUGACGAGAUAAAGUUUUCCAUGUGCUCGUCGGCCGGUGCUGCGGGACAGAGCGUUCGGCCGAACAGCCUAUCGCUGAGCGUCAACAGUGUGGCGAGCGAUGCCUCCGAAACGGUCAGCGUGAGCGGAAGCAGCACCCGAAGUGGUGGCCGCCGGCCACCGGCCCAUCCGAGCACCCCGGAGUCCUCGUGCGAUGGGCGACGCCUGUCGCACAGCAAAUCGUGGCCCAAGGGAGCGGACCACGACCAGAACUACAUGAUACCACCGUCACCGCGGCCGGUCAGCGAAGAGCUCAGUGUUCGAUCCGGGAACGGGCGACCCGGGAGCACCGCACUGAACCGGUGCAGCAACAGUAGCAACAGUAGCUGCUCGAGUGGGGCCACUAGCAGUAGUUCCAGCGGGCGCGACUCGUACCCGUCGCACGCCACCGGCAACGAGUCCCACUACAUUAUGUACCCCUCGAACCUACCAGUAUUCAGUGGCGCCGACUACAUGAACGUACCGGCGGCGGCAGGACGAGACGGGACGGCCGCAGACGACGGUGACGGUGGCCGAGUGACGUGCGCGGCCCGACCGAGACUCGGCCGCAGCCCGUCCGAUUCGGGCACAUCCCAUCUCAUCACCUUUCAGUCCAUAUUAGAGUGUAACGAGAGUGCCGAUCCGGCGGCGGGUGAAUGAGUGCGAAGGGUGUGCCGGCCAUGGAAAGCCGGAGGCCGGAACUAUCGGGAUCCAUUGUUGGUCAAUAGAGAACGGCAUACUCCCUCGUUCCGUUCCCUCGCAGUUUUCUUCGCCAAAGGUUACGGAGCGGAAUGAUACCAAUUUUAUGCUACACAUAGGUUAUGGAAUAA